AUGACCGACAAUAUCCCCAUUAGCCCAGUGACUUCACGCGCUCGUCCCAAUCAGCAAGAUGCCUCUUCCGAAAAGAGUGAUGAAGUCGACCUCGAGCGUCGACCGUCAUCGGACUCAUUCCCAAAGAUAGAAGAUACUCCUCCAGAUGGUGGCUACGGUUGGGUUUGUGUUGCCUGCAAUGCUUUCAUCAAUGCUCACACGUGGGGUGUCAACUCUUCGUAUGGCGUGUUCCUGGCCUACUAUCUAAACCACAAUUACUUUCCCGAUACAUCUCCUCUCGCCUACGCUUUUGUUGGUGGACUGUCAAUUUCCCAGGCGAUGUUGGUCGCUCCACUAGCAACUCAUGUCAUUCAUCUCUAUGGCACCCGAGUCUGUCUUCAUGUGGGCGUCUUCUUUGAAACCCUGUCUCUCGUAGGGGCGAGUUUCGCCAAAGAAAAGUAUCAAAUUAUUCUAAGUCAAGGGUUGUGUUUCGGCUGGGGCAUGGGUUUUUUAUUUGUGGGCUCUGUCAGCAUCAUCCCUCAAUGGUUCACCAAGAAGCGGAGUCUCGCGAAUUCAAUCUCUGCAGCUGGUUCCGGCGCAGGUGGGUUGUUGUAUUCACUAGCUACUCAAGCCAUGAUCAACAACUUGGGCCUUCCGUGGGCAUUUCGAAUCCUGGCUAUCUGUACCUUCGCCGUCAACCUGACAGCUUCAAAUCUUGUGCGUGAUCGCAACAAGCAGACAGGAGCACGCCACAGAGCGUUCGAUUGGAAGCUGCUGCGGCGCCCUGAGUUUCUACUCAUCCAGGGCUGGUCAUGUUUCAGCAUGUUUGGAUAUGUUAUCCUCCUGUUCUCUCUUCCCGCUUACGGCCGGGCAAUUGGCCUUAGUGCCGACCAAGGCAGUGUGCUAGGAGCAGUUCUCAACGCUGGACAAAUGCUUGGCCGUCCGCUCAUCGGGUUGAGCUCGGACCGAUGGGGACGACUGAAUCUGGCGACCUCCCUUACAUUUCUGUGUGGGAUUUUCUGCCUGGCAUUCUGGAUACCGGCAGAAACGAUCUCGGCUCCGAUGGGCUUACUAUGUUUCUUCGCUGUUGUGGGCGGUGCUGUGGCUGGAACGUUCUGGACGACAAUCGCACCGGUUGGAGUGGAACUCAUUGGAAUCCGCGAUUUACCAGCUGGACUGAGCUGGACUUGGGUGCUGAUGGUUCCACCGACAACGACUGCCGAGGCGAUUGCCCUUGAGCUGCGUCGUAGGAAUGUCAAUAGCUGGAUUUACCUACCGCCUCAACUUUUCACCGCCUUCAUGUACAUCGCCGGCGGGCUGUGUCUCUGGGUGGCGCGGGGUUGGAAAGUAGGCGAGAUCGAGGUGAAUACUCGGAAGAUGAGGGAGGGGCGAAGACGUCAAGAGAGUAUCAUGCUUGCAGACCGGAGUUCCAUGGCUGGACAGAGUAAUCUCGCGGACGAGGGUGAGCAUGAAGGUAAUGAUUCGCAGCCCUACCAGAUUUGGAACCCAGGGAACAUGCUGAGGAACAUGUUUGUCUGGAAAGUGGUAUAG